AGCUCCCGAUCUACGCCGUAACCCACACCGAGAAGAAGAGGAGAGGAAGAGAGAGAAAUCGGGGACAGCGGAGCGGAUGCCGACGGUCGCCGCGUUGCUUCCCCAGGCCACGUUCUUCUCGCGGCCACGCCCACUGCCGUUGUCAAUCACCUCCCUGUAUGACCUUCACGUUGCCCAUCUCCUCUCACCCUUUGGGCGCUCGAAGACCCGGCUGCCCCUCGUCCUCGCCUGCUCUGCAGUCCCCUUCAACGAAUUUGACGCCAAGGUCAGAUCCAAGAUUCACUCAUCCAAGAAAUCCUCACUAUUAAGCUUGGUAGAUGAGAUUGAACCUUUGGAUCUGAGACGCAUCCAAAAAGAUGUUCCACCUAACACAGUCAGCGCAAUGAAAAGAACUAUUUCAAGCAUGCUGGGUCUUCUUCCAUCCAACCAAUUCAAUGUGACAGUUGAAGUUCUUUGGGAAUCACUUUUCAAGUUACUAAUUUCUUCAAUAAAAACAGGGUACACAUUGUGCAAUGCAGAAUAUAGACUUUGUCUUGAAAAGAAUAUAGAUAUUCCUGAAAAGAAUAUAGAUCAUGAUGAAAAAGGAAAAACAGAUACUUCAGGAAUUGAGAAUACUGAUAUUUUCUCUGAAAGGACUAAUGCAAUGUUCAACUCUUUGGAGGAAAAGGAUGUUCUAAAUGAUCAUAAUAAGCAUAAUAUGCAUGAACAUGAUGAAUCAUGUGAGGAUAUGAGCACUAAAAUUUGUGGUAAUCUGACACCUCAAGCCAUAGAAUAUAUUCAGCAGCUGCAAUCUAAGUUGAGAUCUGUGGAAAAGGACUUAUAUGCUAUGAAAAGGAAACAUUCUGCCCUUCAGAUGCAACAGUUUGUAGGAGACGAAAAAAAUGAGCUAUUGGAUUAUUUGAGAUCAUUGCAACCUGAGAAGGUUGCUGAAAUUUCUGAGCCGACCUGCUCUGAGGUAGACGAUGUGAUUCACUCAGUAGGGCAUGGCCUACUCGCAGCUCUAUCGCCAAAAAUGUAUUUUAGGCCACCACAACAAUCCGAAAACAUGACAGCCGGGAUCUUAAACGCAUGGAACGAUGACUCUUCAGAACAUGUUGAUAACACCUACCUUAAGUUUCAGCCUAUGGUUACAGUCCCUAGGGAUUUUCUUGCACGCCUUCUUUUCUGGUGCAUGUUAUUGGGCCAUUACAUUAGAGGCCUCGAGUUCAGGCUAGGGCUUGUGCAACUAUUCAACAUAUCCGACAAUUAACGAGCUACAUCAGCAGAUGGCACCGCCGAGUAAGUAAUACAUGUUUUUGUAGGAGAGGCCCAUAUAAUAAUUCAAGUUCUUCCCCUUAUUCAGUAAGAACAAACUCAAUGACACCGAUUUGGGUUAUUAGCAAGCCGGGCAAAGAUACUUCCUUCAACCCCUGCAAAAUCUGGUAGCACAAAGCAUCGUGUCCUUUAAACUAACUAAUCUAGGAACAUCUGGUCGGCAGAAGUUACUGCAAGUCUGUCUUAGUGAGUAGGCGCCAAAAAUGUAAAUAGCGUCUGUAAAUACUUGAAAUAAGUGCUACAAAGAGAUUGGUUAUCGUAGAUGCAUUCAUGUUAGGGACUCUCAAGUACAUGCCUUUGACAACUUUAUUUAUGUCUAAGAACGUGCAUCCCGCAGGCCAACCGCAAUCAAGUGUAGUCUUUCUUUGGUGUUUCUAUUUAUCCAGACCCCUCUGUCAGACUCCUCGCAA